GUUACUGGUUGUAAGGUUACUUCAGGAACGCGUAAACCAAGGCCAGCUCAUCACUUACGCAGGACCGUCAAGUUUCAACUUCCCAAAGGCUCCAUAGGUCCUGUUCGGUCAGAAAAAAAUACUGUAGAGGGCAAAUGAGACCCCCUCAAGUCCAAAUAGACUUUGGUACACCGCCCGGCACACCUCUACGCACGUCUUCUGAAUUUGAAGAAAUUCCUUAUCCUGCCACGCAUCCAUCUUACUCCAACACCGCUCAGAACUACAAAUACGAAGAAUCAUUGCCGUUACACCACAUGAACGAGGAUACGUCGACAAGGCGGAGGGUAGCUAGAGGACCCGGCAGCAGCGGCGGGUUUAUGAGCGGUGAUGAGCAUGAAAGUGAAAUGCACUACGACAACGGCGGAAAAGAUGUGUACUCAAAACUAAAGCCUGCCAGAGGCCGUGUCAGCAGUGGUCGUGUUCACAGGCCUCCUCCUCCCCCUCCGACUUCGAUAAGCGAAUUCAUAUCUCAGAACCUAGAGCACCUCCCGCCUGUCAUCUACACUCUGCUCUCGUGUUGGACCCGCUUCCACAAAAUAGGUCAUGCCAACACCGUUGUUUGGGACGAAGCGCACUUUGGCAAGUUCGGGUCGCAUUACCUCAAACGCGAGUUUUACUUCGACGUUCACCCUCCGCUCGGGAAGAUGCUUGUCGGCCUUGCGGGUUUACUGUCGGGUUACAAUGGGCACUUCGAGUUUAAAAGCGGAGAAGUGUACAACGAAAAUGUCCCGUACGUGGCUAUGCGGGUUAUGAUGGCGACUUUCGGUGUGGCCUUGGUUCCGCUGGGUUGGUAUACAGCGGUUGAGUUGGGAAUGAGCUCAUGGUCUUGCCAUCUGGUUGCGCUUAUGGUUCUGUGCGAUGUUGCCUGGUUGUGUAUAUCGCGGUUUAUUUUACUGGAUUCCAUGCUCCUCUUCUUCACUUUCACUACGGUCUUUAUGCUCACCAAAUUUCAUAAUCAACAAUACCAGUCAUUCUCUUUCGACUGGUGGAUGUGGCUUGCAUUUACAGGUAUAUCCAUCGGAUGUGUGACGAGUGUCAAAUGGAUUGGAUUAUUCGUGACCGCUGUGGUUGGCUUGUACACCAUCGAGGAUCUCUGGGAGAAGUUCGGGGAUCUUCGCAUGUCCAAUCGAGAUCAAAUUCGACACUGGGCAGCUCGCGUGGUCUGCCUAAUCAUCCUCCCCAUCCUGGUAUAUAUGCUGUCCUUCAAGUUGCAUUUCCUGAUCCUCAAUCACUCGGGUCCUGGCGACUCUACGAUGAGUUCGCUGUUCCAAGCCCACCUGGUCGGCAACGAAUUUGGCAAGAAUCCACGGGAAAUUGCAAUCGGUUCAAAAAUUACCUUGAAAGGCAUGGGCUGGGGUGGAGGUCUCCUGCACUCCCACGUUCAAACCUAUCCCGUCGGUUCAGGCCAGCAGCAGGUUACUUGCUACCACUAUAAAGAUGACAACAACCAUUGGACUGUCCUUCCCACUUGGGAAGCGCCUGAAUACAACCCAAACGGCGAGUUACAGUUCCUCCAGGACGGUGACGUCAUCCGAUUGCAGCAUGUACCGACAACAAGACACUUGCACUCGCACACGGUGGCAGCGCCUGUUACGAAGCUUAACAACGAAGUCUCUUGCUAUGGUAACUCAACUGUUGGAGAUUUCCACGACUAUUGGGUGGUCGAGGUCGUCGAUGAUAUCAAACAGGGCACCAAGGAGCACGUGACGAGAAUCCAUUCCCUCACAACCAGAUUGCGGUUCAAACACCAGGCUCUAGGAUGCUACCUGUAUGCUGCGAAUGCAGUUCUACCUCAGUGGGGCUUCAAACAGCUUGAAGUCAGUUGCAUCAAGGAGAACGACCCAGAUGACAUGCACACGUACUGGAACGUGGAGAGUCACUGGAACGACCGCUUACCUCUGGGCGAUGCGAAAUUUUAUAGGUCGCCUUUCCUUCGUGAUUUCUGGCAUCUUAAUGUGGCCAUGAUGACUUCCAACAAUGCACUUGUCCCCGAUCCGGAUAAGGAAGAUAUCCUUGCGUCAAGUCCCACCGACUGGCCUUGGAUGCGGCUAGGCCUCAGAAUGUGUGGCUGGGGCGACAACCAACCAAAGUACUACCUUCUUGGCACGCCUGUGAUCUGGUGGGGCGGUACAGUCAGCCUGAUAGCUUCUGUUAUUGCCCUCGGCGUAUACCUACUGCGCCACCAACGCAAGUACGUUGACAUGACUCCUCAACAAUGGGAUCAUUUCUUGUAUGUUGGAAAAAUUGCUGGUUUUGGAUGGUUCUUGCAUUAUUUCCCGUUCUUUAUCAUGGGCCGUGUCACAUAUGUCCAUCACUAUCUUCCCACUCUCUACUUUUCCGUUCUCAUGCUCGCUCACCUUCUUGACCACUUCAUUUUCUCCGCACGCUGGAAGAGCAGCACAAAGCGUGUUGCUUUCGGCAUUUGCGCAUUCUUGAUCAUCGGAAACUUCUGGUGGUUCAGGGCAAUGGCAUGGGGUAUUGAUGGACCAAUCAAUGACCACUGGGGCCUUCUGUGGCGCAAAACUUGGAACAUAUAUAAUGCAUAGAUCUGUUCUCAGGCGGACUCUGUAUAUUGACAGUGCCUGCCUACCCGGCGAGAGGCUUAAUGUGUUUGCUAUUAUGCGCAAUGGAUCAUCUCAAUUCACUACUUUCACUCGUGAAGCUUCAACGUUCGGUGACUA